AUGUCGUUGGUUCGGGUCGAUGCGGUGCUUUCCCAACGGAGUUAUCUGGUAGACUGGAAAGCCUGGUGCUCUCUGGGACAAAAGUCAGUGGAGCCUCGUUUGGCCGCAGUCGGUACCAUUCACCGGUGUCGGCGCCAGGGCGGUGUCCAGUGCUUGAGCACAAGCGGUACUCGUUCAGGAAGCUGGGAGGACGCCGACGAGUUUCGUUACGGUUCUGCAGUGCGGGACGGUCACCUAAUGGCGACCUAUACGCGGCUCCUGAGACAGCGGGUUGCGGCGCUCCCGACGCCGCGUGCGCUUUUCGACCACCUGAACGAGUACUGCAUAGGACAGGAAAAGGCGAAACGCGUCUUGGCAGUCGCCACCCAUAAUCACUAUAAGAAGGUGCUCGCGAGUGAACUGAUGGAGCGCGUGCGGGCUGCCUCCGCUGCUUCAACCGUGGGCAUGGGUGGCACCAGCGAAAACGAGAAUACCACCAGCACCCGCUUUGGUUGGCCCGGUUUCGAAGAGAGUUUGAGCAAUAACAGUACCAGUGGUAGCAACAGUAGCACGAGCAGUAGCACGAGCACCAGCGGCAACACAUCCCAAACGAUUUCAGGGAAACCGUCGCUCCAGUCCUCCGCAGGGCGCAUUCUGCUGAUGAUGAUGUCGGAUAUGCAUGGGUCACGACGCACAUCGGGUGCUGGUACACGCGUUCCUCCAGCAAUCCACUCCAUCGACAGCAGUAACGCAAACCCGUCAUCCUCGUGGUCAUCGGGAAACGUUCGUCCUCGCCGCAUGCCGCUCGACAGUGAUGCAGAGGCAUCCCCGGCGGAGUCGAACAUGUCUCGCCGCCCGAUUGUGCUUGACGACCUAACGGAAGCAGCGUUUCGAAGCAGUGACCUCGACUUGACUGCGAGCACGAAAACACGUGCCCCAUACAUCCAUGAGUCGACUGGUGCAGAUGACGCACAUGCGACGUCACGGGAGUCGGUCAAGAGCCGCCCUGGGCCGAUUCUGGAACUGCGCAGUUCGACGCCCGGUGCGGCCUCCUACGGGACUGGCAACGCCGGUUGUAUGCCUGGUUCGCUUCCGUACCGAAUGGGUGAUGCCUCAUCGGCUGCAUCGUUGACACUCAACAGCCUCCUCGAUCACUGCGUCGAAUUCGAAAAGUCGAAUAUUCUGUUGCUGGGGCCGACCGGCUCCGGAAAGACGCUGCUGGCGAAAUCCCUGGCGCGCAAGUGCCGGGUCCCUUUUGUUAUGGUGGACGCAACCACCCUGACCCAAGCCGGCUACGUUGGCGAGGACGUUGAAUCCAUUCUGCACCGUUUGCUCCAAGCAGCGGAUUUCGACUUGAAUCUGGCCCAACGGGGCAUUGUCUAUAUCGACGAGAUCGACAAGAUCUCGCGCAAGUCAGAGAGCCCCAGCAUCACUCGCGAUGUAUCCGGCGAGGGCGUCCAGCAGGCCCUACUGAAAAUGUUGGAAGGCUCGAUCGUCAAUGUACCGGAGAAAGGCGGUCGGAAGAAUCCUCGUGCCGAGUACAUUCCCAUGGACACGCGCAACAUCCUCUUCAUCUGUGGCGGUGCGUUUUCCGGCCUGGAGCGCAUCGUUGGUCAUCGACUAGCAGCGACUUCGAUUGGUUUCGGUGCGCAUGUGGCUGCUUCCGACGCUGUCGACGAUGCACUGCUGGAUCAUGUCGAGUCAACGGACCUCAUUCGAUACGGACUGGUACCCGAGUUUGUGGGACGUCUCCCGAUCGUUGUCAAUCUCCGGGCGCUCACUGAACCGCAGUUGGUCCAGGUGCUCACCGAGCCGCGCAAUGCACUCGUGCGUCAGUUUCGAGAGAUGUUUCGCAUGAGUGGCGUCGAUAUGCACAUUACGGAUCAAGCGCUGCGGGCAGUGGCACGCGAGGCUGUUCACAAAGGCGUUGGUGCACGAGGUCUUCGGGGUAUCUUGGAACGGGUGCUCCUUGAUUGUCAGUUUGAUUUACCUGGCAAGGAGGGGCAAACAGUGCUCAUCGACUACGAGGCAGAGCGAGAAGCGUUCGAAACUCGCUUUGUGGAUCCAGCGAGCGCUGCGACCUGGAAUGCGGGUCAGACUGGGCAUUCUUCGGGACCGAGCACCUCGACGACUGCAGCAGCGGCGGCGGCGGCAGCUUGCAUCGUGUGA